AUGCAAGGUUUAUUGAAUAGUGACGAAAAGGAAACGUUUAUUGACAAAGUGGAUGAUCGAUCCGACUGUUUAGAACAGAUAGAAGAAGACGAAAUGGAUCAAGAAGAUGGUGAGCUUAGCGACCAUCCAAGUCAAGAUGAACAACAGACUGAAACGGAUUGUAUUGAAGAAUCCGAUCCUGUUCACACUGGAGAAUCGCAGUGGGUUAGUAUCUCUCUUGCCAACAAUGACCAAAACGACAAUCCAUGGGACGAUUCUCUACUGAUCAAGGCUUGGGAUUCAGCAGUGAAACAGUAUCUUAAUAUGGAACGCAAUGGCAUUUUACCUGAUCGACCUGGUGACGAUACAAAAGAGUCGAGCCAUAGUACAAGGAAGCGAACGACAGUCGAUGUAACAGAUUUACAUCUUCCUAAACGAUCCAAACCAACAAUUACAACUUCGUCUGCUUUAAACCAAACUGCAAUCUCAACUGAAAUAGAAACUACUUUAAAUAGGUCGACAUCAACAGAAACUCCCAUUCAUGCAUCUCCAUGUUCAACUCAGUUUCCAGGAUUUAAACCCAAUCUGUUACCUCAAUCAAAACCCUCGCAUCAUGCCUGUCCAUCAUGUGGUAUUGCACCAUCAAAAGAAUCACUUGAAUCUACCAACAAAGAAGACAUUCAAUCUAAAUUGAUGAUGGCUUGGUAUUAUACUGGAUAUUAUACUGGCUUGAACGAGCGUCAAUGA